GGGGGGUGGAGCGAACACGCUUAGCCCGAGUCUGUCGUGUGCAGAAUCGGAGCAGGGCUUGCUUGAGCCGCGCUCGUCCUGCCGCAGAGACGCGCCGGGCACGGAAGCUGGGACAGGCCGGGCCGCGCGGACGCCCAGGAGAUGCUCUGCGCCACUGUCCCGAUCCCCUUGAGCAGGCCUUUGAGUAGGAAGGACGAGGCAGGAGGCGAUAUUCUGGGCAGCCGGGAUCCUGGAACAGACGCCUCUCUUCUCGCAGGCCUGCGGGCACCCUGCAGCUCAGGACCUCGGGCCCCUGCCCGCCGGGAGGAGAGCAUGGAAGAGCAGGACGAGAAGCCGCCAGGGUCCCUGAGGGCCUGUGCGCAGGACUCCCUCCUUCCUCAAGAGAUUAUCAUCAAGGUCGAGGGAGAAGAUGCUGCGUCGCUGGCCAUCCCAUCCCAGGAAGGCGUGAACUUCAAGAUUGUGACUGUGGGCUUCACGCAGGAGGACGAGGGCAUUUUGAACCCUGCUCCGAAGACCCUGGACAGAGAUGUGAUCCUGGAGAACCACAGGGACCUGGUCUCUUGGGGAGAUGCUUCAUUUUGUGGCCUCUUCCCCUCAUAGUGAUACAACGUGGCCUGCAGCUUCAUCAUUCCCAUUUGAACUGGGAGAGAAAGGCUUCCUGUAACUUUCCCAGAAGAGCAAGGAAGGCAUUUUCUAGGAAUCCUCUGCUCCUCGUAUCCUUCAACCCGAGCGGUGGAUGGAGAUAUCAUUUUACUGAUAAAAGUAAAAGCUCCUUUUACUUUUUUUAAUCUUUCCUUCAAACUCCUGGAGCCAUCAUGGGCAAAGGCUAUGAGAUUACCAUCAGACAAAUAAAAUCAAACUCUGAAGAUGAGGGUAGCAUGAACCCCUCACGAAAAACAUGGCCAGGCUGUGGGGACGUAGACGCAUGAGCACACUUUUCAUGAGAGGCAGGGGGAGGAAGGAAGCUUGAGAGACAACAAAGAACAUUCUAACGAUGCUUGUUUUAUGUAUAUUUUGUGUUACAAGGACAAGGAUGACAUUAUCAUUUAUCUUUUAGCACAUGGAAAGGAACUUAUUUUUUUUGCUUCUUCUCACGAAAAUAGCCCUUCUUAUACAUCCCUUUUCAAGGUGAUGUCCUUAUUGUAUUAAUUCAACCAAUAAGUUUAUUGAAUAAUUUCAAUGAGUAAAACGCUUUGCUAAACUCAAGGGGAAGAUUACAAAACUCUUCAUUCCUCUUUUCUACUCCACAUCCACUGCCAAUGUGUUAGUUCAAAUUCCUAUCACUCAUCUCUAAUACGACCCCAAUAAAUGCCAAUGAUAGAACCAUGGAUCCCAAUUACCCUCCUACAAUUUGAUCUUUCCCACUAGUCGUAUUAUUUUUCUGCUUAAAAUCUCACGAUACCCCAACAUUUUCUUCUGGAUGGUGCACUAAUCCCAUAUUGGGACUCAAAAUAAUGUUUUGAUCCUCCUGCCCAAUUUUCCAAUUUUUCACUGCCCAUCACUCAUGGAUCCCUGUGGUCUUAAUUUGAAAAUUUACUUGGAAUAAUCUUUUAAUCAUCUAUGCCUUCCAACCUGUAAUCUUAUUUGUUUCCUUUUUAAUUUAUGUUUUAAAGUCUAGUCAUGUAAGUACUCUCCCAUUAUCCUAAUCUUUCUUGCAUAUGGACAUCUUUGAUAAAAAUAGUCUAUUUGCACAAUAGUUUCCACCUGCAAUAAUGGUGUCCUUUGGUUAUACUCAGCUUUUUUCAGCCUUCUUGGAAGUUUGGCCAAGUUCUGGUCAAUUAUAUAUGAAAGGCAGUGAAGAGGUCUUAGAAAAGUGUUUUUCCUGAUAAAAUGGAAGAGGAUGUGAGCACACGCUAUCCCAAAUUCUUCCUCUUGGUACCUGUGUGCAAUAUGAAUAAGAUGGCAGAAAUUGGGUCAGACAUUUAUAAAGAUGUGGUGGCAUAAGGACAAAGCUAAUGCACUGAGGUUUCUGUGGCAAAAUGUUAUAAAGAACUUGGCUUCUGGAAGACGUCCACUGGGGGAAAAAACCUUGAAAUUUUCUUCAUCUAGAAUUCUUGUGAAGUAAGUAAAUGGCAUUACUGUUUAAACCAGGAGAAGUCAAAUGUCUGUUACUUGUAGGUAAACACUCCCUAAUAUAUGGGGUUUUAUUUUGUUUUGUUACAUUUUUUUGAUGCUAAUUUGAAGGAAAUUUUAAAUGUAUUUUAUAAAAUACCUUAUUUGUCAGUUAUUGAUUUUUUUGGUAAAUUAUUUUGUAUACAGCCUCUUUACUUAUGUAUUUCCUUAAUUCUAACAUUUUUUAGUUGAUUUUUUCCAUUCUCAAGAAAUGGCAAGAGAUUGCUGAUAUAAUACAAAUAAUUUCUUGGUUAAAACACCUCAGUGGUUUCCCAUCGUGAUCUUAGGGAAAGUCACAAAUUACUUUCCAUGGCUUACAAGGCUCCAAGUGGUUAUCUACUUCUCUGACAUCUUAUAACCUUGUAACCCAUGUCACUCCUUGUUUAUACUUCAAGAAAACUGUCAUUCUCUUUUUCUGUUGCUAUUUCAAGUCUGGGGCUUCUGUUACUUUACAGGAUAAAUGUCACAUGUCCUUGGAGGCAAAUCUUGGGGCCUCUAGGAAAUGAUGAGGAGAUGAGGUACUAACCUUGCUCAUGACCUCCCUGAACCACCAGCGCUUAUGACAAGGGAGCUCCCUGAACUAUAAAGUUUUGGGGUCUUAAGAUAUGGGACAUAGAUGGAAUCUGCCUUGUCAGGGGGGUUCAGCGAUUUACAGAAACAAAUCUUUACACAGAGGGACAGAAAUAAGCUCUGGAACAUAGAGGCAUACCUCGGAGAUGUUGCAGGUUUGGUUCCAGAUCACUGCAAUAAAUCAAAUAUCAAAAUAAAGUGAGUCACACGAAUCUUUCAGUUUCCCAGUGCAUAUGAAAGUUAUGAUUACACUAUCCCGUGGUCUGUUAAGUGUACAAGAACAUUAUGUCUAAAAACACAAUGUACAUAAUUAAAAAAUACGUUGUUGCUAAAAAAAAAUGCUUACCAUCUGGGUCUUCAGCAAGUUGUAAUCUUUUUGCUGGGGGAGGCUCUUGUGAAAAACAGUAUCUGUGAAGCUUAAUAACGUGAAGUACAAUGAGAUGAGGUAUGCGGGUAAAUUACCAAGCCAACAUCCAUCAGGCUCCUUCUUACUUCGCAAUAGAAUAUCAGUUUGGUUCAGGUCUUCCGCCUCUUCCAUGUGGCCAAAUGUUCCAAGAGAGGCUGUCCCCAUACCAGAGGCGUAGAUAUUUAGUGGUUUAAGCCUAUCACGAUGGCUCUGUUUUGUUUGCUACGUAAGGACUUGCAAUGCAAAUCUGGCAAAUAGACAUGAGAGGAUCUCUGAUGAAGAGAGCGUCUUUAAAAAUAUGCAAAGUAGGAAUUUCCCCACAUUUUUCACUAUGAAUGUUGACUUUUCAGUGCGUAAUGCUUGAAACAGUUGUUGCCAUCUUGGGACCAUAAGAAAACCCACUCCGUAGGCAGAGCUGAUGCACAGAAAAUCGUAUCUGGGUUUUAGUUGUGCAAUAAUGAAUUUCCUUUGUUUCAACCACUUCUAGUUUUGUUGCUGAUAAGCAAAAAGGCCUAACUUAAAUAAACAUUACUUUGUCUCUUCCUUUCUGUUAGGUACUUUUUAUUGCUGUUUCAUGUCUUAGUGCAUUGGCCAUAACUUUUACAAAACUGUUAUUUGAUAAUUACAUUAAUAAGAAUACUUCAAUUAACUGCAGUUUUACUUAGUAAGCUUAGAAUAUUUUCUCUUAAAUAUAGUGUUGACUGAGGGCCAGUUUUAACUCUUAGUUAUGAAAAGGAAAGCAUCUUUGCCAUCUUCCCCCAACUCCUUCCGACUUCAUCAUCCGUCAGUCACAACUGUGUUCUGCAUGUCAGCCUGGCCAGUUUCUUUGAGUUUCCUGAGUAAACCCAGGAGGAAAGUUUGCUUUUGCAAUUCCUUCUACUGAUAAUUACUUAUUCCCCAUCCUCCAACUGAAAAAGUCAUACUCCUUCUUCCAUGUUAAAUGUAAAUAUUAACUUUCUUUCUAAAUAAUUGAAUAAUUAAUGAUCUUUCCAAAAUACUAUAAAAAUGAACUCCUGUUUACUCUCACAGAACCUUUUCUAAUAUUUUGUUGUGGGAUUUCUCAGAAGCCCUGUCAUUAUUUCUGCAUUAUAAAUAAUUUGAAUUUUCUGGAUAUUAUGAUGUUUUGACAUCUUAAAAAACCUUUCUGUUCUGUCUGGGAGAACCUGCCCCUGCCUGGGCCAGCCAAUUCUUAGAGAUGGCAAAGGGUCCAGCCUGGAGCAUGAUAUGCAAACUAACCAAUGCUCCUCUAUCUGGCCUGUGCACCGCAGGAGGCAAUAUUCCGCUGCCUUCACCAUCCCAAGGCCAAGGGCUAGGCAAGUAGAGGCCACCCCUAUAGCCCAAAGUCCACUGAAAUUAUUCAAACCAGCCACUCCUAAGAUGUUUAUCCUGCCCUGCCUUGCCUUUCCCAUGGAAACCUCAGUAAGUGCCAGAGCCUAAGCUUUCCCCUCAUUCCCGUCUUCUGCCUCCUGACCACCCUAGUGUCUUUCCCGUGUGGCCCUGAGUGGCAUGCUGUGCCACCUGUCUCUAGGACCUGUGAGCUUGGUAAACUCGCAGGUUUCCCUGAGCCUCUUUCCUGUCUCCUUUUCCGGCUGCGCCUGACUGACCAUCUCAUAAAAGAAACAAACAGUUUCCUGAAGAGUUUCUCCCCGCUAUAGAAGCUUAAACUCCAGACGACCAGGUCUAUGUCCUACUCAAUUCUGUACGCUUGAUAUAUUGCACAAGCCUUAUUCUUUGUAAUAGUAAAAUAUGUAUAUAUGAAUGUAUUCAAUUAUUAAAUCGUUUAUUCAAAUAAUAGUUUUUGUUUGCCUACACUGUUGGGUAUGAUGCUUUUCACCUUGGACACAAAGAUGAAUCGAAUGCCUGCCUUUAAGGCCACCACAGUCUAGUUUCGGAGGAAACUAAAGAAAGCGCUUGAAAUCCCAUGAGUUAAGUUCUGUGAUAGAGAUAAGCUCUGGUCACUGUGGAAUCCCAGAGUAGGACCACCUGGCUCACCACCUGUUUGGGAGACAAACAGGUUCCAUUGGAGAAAAAUGAGAGAAUGUAUAAGAAGCCUCAAGAAAAGGUCAUUGUGAUAAUGAGAAUAUUGGUUAUAUUAAUGUACAUACAUAAAUAUAUAACGUAAUAUUGGUUAUAAUACAGUGUUUGUUAACCUAAUAAAUGAAUGGAGAACAAGGAUGAAAUGUAAUUCUCUUGGGCCAAUCCCUGAGCCUUUACUUUUUUUGUUUUUUUUUUUUUUAUUAAUGUUAUGAUAGAUUACAAC